AUGGUAAAGUCUCUCAUAAAGAAGGGGGAGGAUCUGCACAAGGCCCUCAUGGCUUACAGAGCCACUCCCUUGGCCCACGGGUCAUCCCCUGCACAACUGCUGAUGGGCCGUAACAUCAGAAUGCCCUUGACCGUCAGUCAGGAGAAGCUACAGCCAGGUUGGCCUGACAUCCAGGCUUUCAGGAGGAAGGAUCAGGACUUGAAAAUGAAACAAGCUUCCUGGUACGACAAAAGACACAACACCAAGACAAGACAAAAGCUCAGACCAGGACAAAGGGUCUGGGAUGACGAGGUCGUUCUACAGUGUUUGGCCACAGUCAAUAAGGAGCAACAGAAAUUAUGUCUGGCUGCUGAAGGCUUUGGGAACAGACUCUGUUUCCUGGAAAGCACCACAAACUCCAAGAAUGUACCUCCUGAUCUGUCCAUCUGCACUUUUGUGCUGGAGCAGUCUCUGUCAGUACGAGCUCUGCAGGAGAUGCUGGCCAAUACUGAGGAAAAGGCAGAGGGGGUGAGUACAUUUACACACAUGCAAAUACAGACAGCGCAGGGAGGGGGUCACCGCACCUUGCUGUAUGGACAUGCUGUCUUGUUACGGCACUCCUACAGUGGAAUGUACCUGUGUUGUCUGUCCACCUCCCGCUCCUCCACAGACAAACUGGCCUUCGACGUGGGACUGCUGGAAGACACCACAGGUGAGGCCUGCUGGUGGACGAUCCACCCAGCGUCGAAGCAGCGCUCAGAGGGAGAGAAGGUCAGAGUGGGAGAUGACCUCAUCCUCGUCAGCGUCUCAUCAGAACGAUACCUGCAUCUAUCAUAUGGUAACAGCAGUCUCCACGUAGAUGCAGCGUUCCAGCAGACUCUGUGGAGCGUGGCUCCCAUCUGCUCUGGCAGCGAAGUGGCACAAGGCUUCCUGAUCGGGGGAGAUGUCCUCCGUCUGCUCCAUGGCCACAUGGACGAGUGUCUGACUGUACCAUCUGGGGAGCAUGGAGAAGAGCAGAGGAGGAUGGUGCAUUAUGAGGGGGGAGCAGUGUCCAUCCAUGCCAGGUCGCUUUGGAGACUAGAGACACUACGGGUUGUAUGGAGUGGUAGCCACACACGCUGGGGCCAGCCGUUCAGACUCAGACAUGUGACCACAGGGAAUUACUUAAGUCUGAUGGAAGACAGGUCUCUGCUACUGAUGGACAAAGAGAAGGCUGAUGUGAAGUCAACAGCCUUCUGCUUCAGGUCAUCUAAGGAGAAGCUGGACACUGGCCCAAAGAAGGAGGUUGAUGGGAUGGGUGUCCCUGAUAUCAAGUAUGGCGACUCUUUGUGCUACAUCCAACACCUGGACACCUGUCUGUGGCUCACAUAUCAAGCUGUCGAUGCCAAGUGUGCCCGCAUGGGGGGUGUACAGAGAAAGGCUAUCAUGCACCACGAGGGCCACAUGGACGAUGGGCUGACUUUGUCUCGGUCACAGCAUGAGGAGAGUCGCACGGCCCGAGUGAUCCGCAGCACCGUCCUCCUCUUCAACCGCUUCAUCAGGGUUCUCAACACGCUCAGUAACAAGAGCAGCACCUCGACUCCUGACCUGCCGAUCGAGUCUGUCAGUCUGAGCCUGCAGGACCUGAUUGGCUACUUCCACCCACCUGAUGAACACCUGGAACACGAGGACAGACAGAACAGACUGAGAGCUCUGAAGAACCGGCAAAAUCUCUUCCAAGAGGAGGGGAUGAUUGCCCUGGUGUUAGAGUGUAUUGAUCAGCUCCAUGUGUACAGCAGUGCAGCACAUUUUGCUGAUGUUGCGGGAAGGGAGGCUGGGGAGGCCUGGAAGUCCAUCCUGAACUCACUGUACCAGCUGCUAGCGGCAUUGAUAAGGGGGAACCGGAAGAACUGUGCCCAGUUUUCUGGCUCGUUGGAUUGGCUAAUCAGCCGGCUGGAGAGACUGGAGGCCUCCUCUGGUAUACUAGAAGUGCUUCAUUGUGUCCUGGUGGAGAGUCCUGAAGCUCUUAACCUUAUUAAAGAGGGACACAUCAAAUCCAUCAUAUCUCUGCUGGAUAAACAUGGACGCAACUACAAGGUACUGGACGUUCUGUGUUCGCUGUGUGUGUGUCAUGGUGUGGCGGUGCGCUCCAACCAGCAUCUAAUUUGUGACAACCUGCUGUCUGGAAGGGACCUGUUACUGCAGACUCGACUCAUCAACCAAGUCAGCAGCAUGCGUCCCAAUAUCUUCCUGGGUGUAGGUGAUGGCUCUGCCCAGUACAAGAAGUGGUACUACGAGCUCAUUGUGGACCAGGCGGUGCCAUUUAUCACAGCAGAGGCAACUCACCUGAGAGUGGGCUGGGCCAGCACAGAGGGUUACGCCCCCUACCCAGGUGGAGGCGAGGGAUGGGGGGGUAAUGGGGUGGGGGAUGACCUCUACUCCUAUGGCUUUGAUGGACUGCAUCUGUGGUCAGGCUGCGUUGCCAGAACAGUCAGCUCACCUAACCAGCACCUACUAAAGAUGGAGGAUGUGGUUAGCUGCUGCCUGGAUCUGAGCGCUCCCAGCAUCUCCUUCAGGAUCAACGGCCAGCCGGUUCAGGGCAUGUUCGAGAACUUCAACUUUGAUGGCCUGUUUUUCCCUGUGGCAAGCUUCUCUGCCGGGGUCAAGGUGCGUUUUUUGCUGGGAGGUCGUCAUGGGGAAUUUAAGUUCCUGCCCCCUCCAGGUUAUGCCCCCUGUUAUGAGGCAGUGCUGCCGAGGGAGAAGUUAAGGGUGGAACACAGCCAGGAAUACAAACAGGACUAUGAAGGGACCAGGGAUCUACUGGGCCCCACCGUUACUCUAUCACAGGCUGCCUUCACGCCCACACCUGUAGACACUAGCCAGGUAGUUUUGCCACCCCACCUGGAGAGAAUCAGGGAGAAGCUUGCAGAGAACAUACAUGAACUGUGGGUGAUGAAUAAGAUAGAACUGGGCUGGACCUUUGGAGCAGUGCGAGAUGAUAAUAAGCGCCACCAUCCUUGCCUAGUGGAGUUCUCCAAGCUUCCUGAACAAGAACGCAGCUACAACCUCCAGAUGUCCCUUGAGACACUUAAAACUCUCCUGGCCUUGGGCUGCCAUGUUGGAUUAGCUGAUGAACAUGCUGUGAAGAAGGUUAAGAGAAUGAAACUUUCCCCUACGUAUGAGCUGUCCAGUGGAUAUAAACCUGCUCCCAUGGACAUCAGUCACAUCAAGCUGGCCUCCACCCAGGAAGCCAUGGUGGACAAGCUGGCUGAGAAUGCACACAACGUCUGGGCACGAGACCGUAUACGCCAGGGUUGGACUUACGGCAUCCAGCAGGAUGUGAAGAAUCGCCGUAAUCCUCGUCUGGUUCCUUAUGCACUUCUGGAUGAGAGAACCAAGAAGUCCAAUAAAGACAGUUUGAGGGAGGCAGUCAGAACCCUGCUGGGGUAUGGAUACAACCUGGAGGCGCCAGACCAAGACCAUGCAGCUAGAUCUGACCUCAGCCACAUGUCUGCAGAAAGGUUUCGCAUUUUCCGAGCAGAGAAGACCUACAGUGUGACGGCAGGAAAGUGGUACUUUGAACUAGAGGUGUUGACAGCAGGUGAGAUGAGGGUAGGCUGGGCCAGACCAGGGUGUCUACCAGACCAAGACCUGGGAUCUGAUGAACAAGCCUUUGUCUUUGAUGGCUUUAAGGCUCAGCGUUGGCACCAGGGAAAUGAACACUUUGGCCGGUCAUGGCAGGCAGGUGACGUGGUUGGAUGCAUGGUGGAUCUGAAAGAGCACACCAUGAUGUUCACGCUUAAUGGAGAGAUGCUGCUCGAUGACUCAGGCUCUGAGCUUGCAUUCAAGGACUUCGAAGUCAAUGAAGGUUUCAUUCCCGUGUGCAGCCUGGGUGUUUGUCAGAUAGGGAGGAUGAACUUUGGCAAGGAUGUCAGCACUCUGAAGUACUUCACCAUCUGUGGUCUUCAAGAGGGCUAUGAGCCUUUUGCUGUCAACAUGAACCGAGACAUCACCAUGUGGCUAAGCAAGCGGCUACCACAGUUCAUACCGGUUCCACCCAACCAUGAACACAUCGAGGUAACUCGUAUAGAUGGAACAGUGGAGUCAUGUCCAUGCCUGAAGGUCACAAAGAAGUCAUUUGGUUCACAGAGCAACAACACAGACAUUACCUUCUAUCGACUGAGCAUGCCCAUAGAGUGUGCCGAAUCUUUCUCCAAAUCUAUUGGUGGCACGCUACCAGCAAACAGCAGUUUCUUCUCACCAAAAAAGGUAAAGGAGCUGGAGGACUUUGAAACUGUGCCAGACUUUGAGGUUCUGAUGAGGUCAGCUCACAGUCACAUGGGCUCCAAAGCGCCAGACAAGGAGGAAUUCAACAACCACAAAGAUUAUAACCAAGAAAAGACCUCCAAACUCAAACAAAGGUUCAUGUUGAAGCGGACCAGGCCAGACAACAGCAACCCCUCCUCUACUCGUCUGUCUGAGGAGAUGAUGGCUGACAACAGAGAUGACUAUGAAUUCCUAAUGCAGACCUCUACUUACUAUUACUCGAUACGGAUCUUUCCAGGCCAGGAGCCCAGCAGAGUGUGGGUGGGCUGGGUCACCUCAGAUUUCCACCAGUAUGACCCAGCUUUCGACCUGCAUAAGGUCCGCACAGUCACUGUUACCUUAGGAGAUGAGAAGGGCAAAGUUCAUGAAAGUAUGAAGCGCAGUAGCUGCUACAUGGUGUGGGCAGGGGAAAUCACCAGCCCCAGUCAGGGAAGAAACAACGACGGCUUGGAGAUAGGCUGUCUGGUUGACACAGCAAAUGGACUGCUCACCUUCACUGCCACCGGCAAGGAGCUCAACACUUACUACCAGGUGGAGCCCAGUACAAAGUUGUUCCCAGCAGUCUUUGCUGAGGCUACCAGUCCCAGUGUCUUCCAGUUUGAACUGGGGCGUAUAAAGAAUGUGAUGCCUCUGUCAGCUGGUCUGUUUAAGCAUGAGCGGAAGAACCCUGUGCCCCAAUGUCCGCCAAGGCUUCAUGUGCAGUUUCUAACUCCUGUACUCUGGAGCCGUGUUCCCAAUCACUUCCCCAAGGUGUCAUUGUCUAGAGUCAGUGAUCGACAUGGCUGGCUGGUUCAGUGUGAUGAACCACUGCAGUUCAUGGCCCUGUAUAUACCUGAAGAAAACAGGUCCUUGGAUAUUUUGGAGCUGUCGGAGCAAAGGGAAUUAUUAAAGUUCCACUACCACACUCUGAGGCUGUACUCUGCAGUCUGUGCUCUGGGUAACAACCGUGUUGCCCAUGCCCUCUGCUCUCAUCUGGAUGAAGACCAGCUCCUUCGAGCUAUAGACAAUAAGUACAUGCCAGGGUUGCUGCGCACAGGCUACUAUGAUCUUCUCAUUGACAUCCACUUGGGAAGUUAUGCUACUGCACGCCUCAUGAUGAACAAUGAAUACAUUGUGCCUAUGACUAAAGAGACCAAGAGUAUCACCCUGUUUCCUGAUGAGAAGAAGAAACACGGCCUGCCAGGGAUGGGCCUCAGUACCUCCCUCCGGCCCAGAAUGUACUUCUCUUCCCCAAACUUUGUCUGUGGGCUUGGCUUGUCAAGUCAAAAUGGAAGCAACAAUGGUUUUGGAUCAGAGGACUGUUUCCAGUGUAGCCCAGAAUUCCCACUGGAGAUACUGAAAACCAAAAUCAUUGAAAUGUUAACUGAAGCAGUGAGAGAGGGGAGCAUGCAUGUUAGAGAUCCAAUCGGAGGCAGCACUGAGUUCUUAUUUGUCCCCCUGAUCAAGCUGUUCUACACACUACUGAUCAUGGGAGUCUUCCAAAAUGGAGAUCUGAAGAACAUUCUUCAGCUGAUUGAACCAUCAGUGUUCUCUGAAAGAGAGGAGGCUCAGGAGGAAAUGGGCACCAAGGGAGAAGCUGGAAAGACCGGUGUGGGGGAUGAAGGAUAUGUUGGAGCAGUAGCAGCAGAGGACGAGACGAUAAAAAUGCCUAAAGGACUAUUACAAAUGAAGCUACCAGAGCCGGUCAAACUCCAGAUGUGCCACUUGUUGCAGUACUUGUGCGACUGCCAGGUACGCCACCGCAUUGAGGCAGUGGUGGCCUUCUCUGAUGACUUCGUGGCCCGUCUUCAGGAGAACCAGAGGUUCCGCUACAAUGAGGUCAUGCAGGCUCUCAACAUGUCGGCUGCACUCACUGCUAAGAAGACCAAAGAAUUUAGGUCACCUCCACAAGAACAGAUCAACAUGCUGCUGAACUUCAAGGAUGAGAAGCAGGAAUGUCCUUGUCCUGAAACCAUCAGAGAACAACUGGUUAACUUCCACGAGGAUCUCAUGAUUCACUGUGGCAUAGAGAUAGAUGAGGAAAGGACAAGUGAUGCUGACAGUGAUUUUACCAUCCGAGGUCGCCUCCUCUCAUUGGUAGAGAAAGUGGCCUAUCUGAAGAGGAAGAUGUCCAGUCUGCCAAAGAAACGCAAAGACAAGAAACCCAGUACGUUACAGCAGCUGAUCUCAGAGACCAUGGUUCGCUGGGCUCAGGAGUCUGUUAUUGAGGACCCAGAGCUGGUCAGAGCCAUGUUUGUCCUGCUACACCGGCAGUAUGACGGUAUUGGAGGACAGGUGCGGGCUCUUCCUAAGACCUACACCAUAAAUGCAGUUUCAGUGGAGGACACUAUCAACCUCUUGGCAGCGCUCGGACAGAUCAGAUCUCUCCUCUGCGUCCGCAUGGGAAAAGAAGAGGAGAAGCUCAUGAUCAGAGGACUAAGUGAAAUAAUGAAUAAUAAGGUGUUCUACCAACAUCCAAACCUGAUGAGAGCCCUGGGGAUGCACGAGACUGUCAUGGAGGUUAUGGUCAAUGUACUGAGUGGAGGAGAGUCCAAGGAAAUCACUUUUCCUAAGAUGGUGGCCAACUGUUGCCGUUUCCUCUGCUACUUUUGUCGAAUCAGCCGUCAGAACCAGAAAUCCAUGUUUGACCAUCUCAGCUACUUACUGGAGAACAGCAGUGUAGGACUUGCAUCUCCAUCCAUGCGAGGUUCCACUCCUUUGGAUGUAGCAGCUGCAUCAGUGAUGGAUAACAAUGAGCUGGCACUGGCCCUCAGAGAGCCAGAUCUAGAAAAGGUUGUCCAGUACCUUGCAGGUUGUGGCCUACAGAGCUGUGUGAUGUUGCUGUCUAAAGGAUACCCUGACAUUGGCUGGAACCCUGUGGAAGGAGAGCGGUACCUUGAUUUCCUCCGAUUUGCUGUCUUCUGCAAUGGUGAGAGUGUGGAGGAAAAUGCCAAUGUAGUAGUGAGGCUUCUGAUUCGCCGACCAGAAUGUUUUGGCCCUGCCCUUCGAGGCGAGGGGGGUAAUGGGCUGCUAGCAGUGAUGGAGGAGGCCAUUAAAAUCUCAGAGGAUCCAUGUAGAGAUGGCCCUUCUCCAACAUCUGAGAACCACAAGGCGUUGUCACAAAGUCUUUUGACGGAGGAAGAAGAGGAUGAUACAAUUCACAUGGGGAACGCCAUCAUGACUUUCUAUGCUGCUCUUAUUGAUCUGCUGGGCCGCUGUGCACCCGAGAUGCAUUUGAUCUAUGCUGGUAAAGGGGAGGCUAUCCGCAUCAGAGCCAUCUUGAGGUCCCUGAUCCCCAUCGAAGAUCUGGUGGGGGUCAUCAGCAUAUCCUUCCCCAUGCCCACCCUGGCUAAGGAUGGGUCAAUAGUUGAACCCGACAUGUCGGCAGGGUUCUGUCCAGAUCAUAAGGCAGCCAUGGUUCUGUUCUUGGACCGGGUCUACGGUAUUGAAGAGCAGAACUUUUUGUUGCAUUUGUUGGAAGUGGGGUUCCUACCAGACCUACGGGCUGCAGCGUCGCUGGACACAGCUGCCCUAAGUGCAACAGACAUGGCACUAGCUCUCAACAGGUACCUCUGUACAGCCGUGCUGCCUCUCCUCACGAGGUGCGCCCCACUUUUUGCUGGCACAGAGCCGUACGCCUCUCUGAUCGACUCUCUCCUCCACACUGUCUACCGGCUGUCCAAAGGCUGCUGUCUCACCAAGGCUCAAAGAGAUGCCAUAGAGGAGUGUCUGUUGGCCAUCUGUGGUAAACUGAGGCCAUCUAUGAUGCAACACCUGCUGAGGAGAUUGGUGUUCGACGUUCCUCUCCUGAACGAGCACACCAAGAUGCCUCUGAAACUGUUGACCAAUCACUAUGAACGUUGUUGGAAAUAUUACUGUCUUACUGGAGGCUGGGGCAGUUUUGGAGCAGCAUCUGACGAGGAACUUCACCUUUCAAGGAAACUUUUUUGGGGAAUCUUUGAUGCUCUGUCAUAUAAGCAGUAUGACCCGGAGCUGUUUAAGCUGGCUUUGCCAUGUCUGAGUGCCGUGGCAGGGGCUCUGCCUCCAGACUACAUGGAGUCCAGCUACAUAGCCAUGAUGGAGAAGCAGUCCUCCAUGGACUCGGAGGGAAACUUCACCCCGCAGCCUGCAGACACAACCAAAGUAAUCAUCCCUGAGAAACUGGACUACUUCAUCAGCAGAUAUGCAGAGCACUCCCACGAGAAGUGGUCCAUGGACAAGUUUUCAAACAGCUGGUCGUAUGGGGAGCAAAUGUGUGAAUCCACCAAGACUCACCCUCUCCUCAAACCAUACAAAGGCCUCUCUGAGAAGGACAAGGAGCUGUACCGUUGGCCUAUUAAAGAGUCUCUGAAGACAAUGUUGUCCUGGGGCUGGAGUAUCGAGAGGGUUCGAGAGGGAGAUCCAUCUAGCUUACACAGGUCCCGCAGGAUAUCACAAGCCAGCCAGCUGUCUUUUGAGGGAGGCCCAGGUUUCAGCCCCAGACCCAUUGACAUGACCAAUGUCACGUUGUCCAGAGACUUGCAGUCUAUGGCUGAGCAGCUUGCCGAGAACUAUCAUAAUAUUUGGGCUUGGGGAAAGAAGAUGGAACUGGAAGCCAAAGGUGGAGGGAGCCAUCCCUUGCUGGUGCCCUAUGACACUCUCACUGCCAAAGAAAAAUCCAAAGACAGGGAAAAAGCACAGGACAUCCUCAAGUACCUCCAGAUCAAUGGAUACACAGUGUCUAGAGGACUGAAGGAGCAGGAGCUGGACACCCCGGCCAUUGAGAAGCGCUUCGCCUACUCCUUUCUUCAACAGCUCAUCAAAUAUGUGGACAAGGCCCAUGAACACAUGCUGGAGUUCGAUAUGGAAAGAAGACCUAAAGGAGAGUACGUUCCUCAUGAGCAGCAGUUCAAGUUCUUUGGGAAGGUUGUCUUGCCAUUGGUGGACCAGUACUUUAAGAACCACCGACUGUACUUCCUGUCAACAGCCAUCCGUCCAAUCAGCAGCGGUGGCCAUGCUUCCAACAAGGAAAAGGAGAUGGUGACCAGCCUGUUCUGCAAGCUGGGAGUUCUUGUCAGACACAGGAUAUCUUUAUUCGGCAACGAUGCCAACUCCAUAGUCAACUGCCUUCACAUACUCGGACAGACACUGGACGCCAGAACGGUGAUGAAGACAGGAUUAGAGUCGGAGAAAGCUGCAUUACGGGCAUUCUUUCACAACGCAGCAGAGGACCUGGAUAAGACCUUGGAAAACCUGAAACUGGGCCAGUUCACACACACCAGACUGCAGCCACGUGGUGUUACUCAGAUCAUCAACUACACCACCGUUGCCCUCCUCCCUGUCCUCUUCUCCCUGUUUGAACACAUUGGGCAGAACCUGUUUGGGGAGGACCUCAUAUUGGAUGAUGUCCAGGUGUCCUGCUACAGGAUCCUCAACAGCCUCUACUCUCUCGGGACCAACAAGAGCAUCUAUGUGGAGAGACAACGCCCGGCUGUAGGAGAAUGUCUAGCUGCGUUCUCAGCAGCUUUUCCUGUAGCCUUCUUGGAGCCUCACCUGAACACAUUCAACAGCUACUCCAUCUACAAUACUAAACUAGCUAAAUACAGAACAGCUCUAGGUCUUCCAACCCAGGUAACCGAUGUGUGCCCACUGAUUCCAUCCUUAGAGAAGAUUCUUGAGGAAAUUACAGAGCUGGCCGAGUCUGGCAUGAAAUACACACAUAUGCCACAUGUCGUGGAGGUAGUGUUGCCGAUGUUGUGUAGCUACAUGUCUCACUGGUGGGAGCAUGGUCCAGAGAGCAACCCGGACAAGAGGGACAACUGCUGCACCUCCCUUACAUCAGAACACAUCAACAUUCUGCUGGGCAACAUCCUGAAAAUUAUCUACAACAACCUGGGAAUAGACGAGGGCACAUGGAUGAAAAGAUUAGCAGUCUUUUCUCAACCAAUUAUCAGCAAGGCCAGAGCUCAGCUGCUGAAGACACACUUCUUGCCCUUGAUGGAAAAACUCAAAAAAAAGGCUGCUGUUGUGUUGACGGAUGAGGAAAACACCAAGGCUGAGGGGAGGGGUGAGAUGUCUGAGGCAGAACUUCUAAUACUGGAUGAGUUCUCGGUGUUGGUCAGGGACCUCUAUGCCUUUUACCCGCUCCUUAUAAGAUUUGUCGACUACAACAGGGCCAAAUGGCUUAAGGAGCCCAGUGCAGAAACCGAGGAGUUGUUCCGUAUGGUGGCAGAAGUUUUCAUCUUCUGGGCCAAAUCUCAUAACUUCAAGCGAGAGGAGCAGAACUUUGUGGUGCAGAAUGAAAUCAACAAUAUGUCCUUUCUCAUAACCGAUAACAAGUCUAAGAUGUCCAAGGGAGCUGUUUCAGAUCAGGAAAGGAAGAAGCUGAAGAGGAAGGGAGAUCGGUAUUCCAUGCAGACAAGUCUCAUUGUUGCCACUUUAAAACGCUUGCUGCCUGUUGGGCUCAACAUUUGUGCACCUGGAGACCAAGAGCUUAUUUCAUUGGCCAAGAACCGCUUCACUCAGAAAGACACAGAAGAUGAAGUUCGGGAGGCCAUCAGGAACAAUCUACAUCUACAAGGGAAGUUGGAGGACCCCGCUAUCCGGUGGCAGAUGGCAUUGUACCGAGACCUCCCCAACCACAGUGAGGACACCUCUGACCCAGAGAAGACAGUGGAGAGGGUCCUGGACAUUUCUCACGUCCUCUUCCACUUGGAUCAGGUGGAGCAUCCACAGCGGAGUAAGAAAGCUGUGUGGCAUAAGCUUCUGUCCAAACAGAGGAAGAGAGCUGUGGUGGCCUGCUUCAGGAUGGCACCGCUUUAUAAUCUACCCAGGCACCGUGCUGUGAACCUGUUCCUGCAGGGCUAUGAGAAGUCCUGGAUUGAGGCAGAAGAACACUACUUUGAAGACAAGCUCAUAGAAGACCUGGCUAAACCCAGCAAAGAGGAGCUGUGUGAUGAGGAGGAGGGUGUGAAGCACAUCGAUCCCCUGCACCAGCUCAUCCAGCUGUUCAGCAGAGCAGCUCUCACAGAGAAAUGUGAACUUGAUGAAGAUGAUCUUUACAUGGCCUAUGCUGACAUCAUGGCAAAGAGUUGUCAUGAUGAGGAAGAUGAAGAUGGGGAGGAAGUAAAGAGUUUUGAAGAGAAGGAAAUGGAGAAACAAAAAUUGUUAUACCAGCAGGCAAGGCUGCAUGACCGUGGGGCUGCUGAGAUGGUGCUACAAACCAUAAGUGCUAGUAAAGGUGAUAUGGGCCCCAUGGUGGCGUCAACUCUGAAGUUGGGUAUAGCUGUUCUUAAUGGAGGAAACUCGACUGUACAGCAGAAAAUGCUGGACUAUCUGAAAGAGAAAAAGGAUGUGGGCUUCUUCCAGAGCUUGGCUGGCUUGAUGCAGUCAUGCAGUGUCUUGGAUCUGAAUGCAUUUGAGAGGCAGAACAAAGCAGAAGGACUGGGUAUGGUGACGGAGGAAGGAUCAGUCACCAGUCAUGAGCGUGGUGAAAAGGUGAUGCAAGAUGAUGAAUUCACUUGUGACCUCUUCCGCUUCCUGCAGCUCCUCUGUGAAGGGCACAACUCAGAUUUCCAGAACUACCUGAGGACCCAGACAGGGAACAACACAACAGUUAACAUCAUCAUUUCCACUGUUGAUUACCUACUCAGAGUACAGGAGUCUAUUAGUGAUUUCUACUGGUACUACUCUGGAAAGGAUGUGAUUGAUGAGCAAGGCCAGAGAAAUUUCUCCAAGGCUAUCAACGUGGCCAAGCAGGUCUUCAACACACUCACUGAGUACAUACAGGGCCCAUGCACUGGUAACCAGCAGAGUUUAGCCCACAGUCGUCUGUGGGAUGCCGUGGUGGGUUUCCUGCACGUCUUCGCCCAUAUGCAGAUGAAACUGUCUCAGGACUCCAGUCAGAUAGAGUUACUGAAAGAACUGAUGGAUCUGCAGAAAGACAUGGUGGUUAUGUUACUGUCAAUGCUGGAAGGUAAUGUUGUGAAUGGGACCAUUGGAAAGCAGAUGGUGGACAUGCUGGUGGAGUCCUCAAAUAAUGUGGAGAUGAUCCUCAAAUUUUUUGACAUGUUCCUUAAACUUAAAGACCUCACUUCCUCUGAUGCUUUCAAGGAGUAUGAUGCAGAUGGAAAAGGCAUCAUCUCUAAGAGGGACUUCCAAAAGGCUAUGGAGAGCCAUAAGCACUACACCCAGUCUGAGACAGAGUUCCUGCUCUCCUGCACCGAGACAGAUGAGAACGAGCUUCUGGACUAUGAAGAAUUUGUUGAACGAUUUCAUGAGCCAGCCAAGGACAUUGGCUUCAAUGUGGCGGUCCUGCUGACCAACCUGUCGGAGCACAUGCCCCAUGACACCCGGCUGCAGACCUUCCUGGAGCUGGCAGAGAGUGUGCUCAACUACUUCCAGCCCUACCUGGGGAGGAUCGAGAUCAUGGGCAGUGCCAAACGCAUCGAGAGGGUCUACUUUGAGAUUAGCGAGUCCAGUCGAACACAGUGGGAGAAGCCUCAGGUCAAAGAAUCAAAGCGCCAGUUCAUUUUUGACGUAGUGAAUGAGGGAGGAGAGAAGGAGAAGAUGGAGCUAUUUGUCAACUUUUGUGAGGACACCAUAUUUGAAAUGCAGUUGGCAGCACAGAUGUCGGAUGCUGGGGAGCGCACAGCAGUAAAGGAAGAGUGUGAACAAGAGAAGCCGGAAAUGGAGAGCCCAGAAAUGUGCUUCUUCUCUACUACCACCCUCUGGACAGCAGUGUUUGCUCUCAGAUACCACAUCAUGCUGCUGUUGAAGGUGCUAUCCUUAAAGAACCUGAAGAAGCAGCUUAAGAGGAUGAAGAAGAUGACCAUAAAGGACCUGUUGAGCACACUGGUCUCUUUCUAUUGGUCAGUCCUAGUGGGGCUACUCCACGUGGCAUUUAGCAUGGCCAGAGGAUUCUGCAGGAUUUUCUAUAACACCUUUCUUGGAGGAAAUCUCGUUGAGGGUGCCAAGACCACAAAGAUGUCCAAGUUGCUGGCUAACAUGCCUGACCCCACUCAGGAGGAGGUGCGGAAUGAGAGGGAGGAAGGGGAGAAGGGGCCUUCUGCUUGCACCUCUCCUGAAGAGGACCUCGCUGACUUGGCUGUGAACACGGAUGAGACAGAGCUACUAUCAGACAUCUUUGGGCUGGAUCUGAGGAGGGAAGGGGGCCUGUACAAAAUCACUCCCCACAACCCUAAUUCAAGCCUGACGGAAUUGCUCAGCUCACCUGUUCCCUCUCCUGUUACCCCUUCAAUACCAGCCCUGGCAACUACACCCUCCCCUGAGCUCAAAUGGAAAUACCAGUCAAAGAGCUGUUUGUCAAAGAAGGAAAGACCAGAGAAGAACAGGCACGAACCUGAAAAAGAAGAUGGUGCAGCUUAGCAGGAGGAAGCUGAGGAGGGGAGAGCUGAGCAGGAUGUUGCCAGAAAACACAAAGAGAAGCAGGAGAAGCAGAAGAGGAAUGACAAGGCAAACCAUAAAGUCAAACAGCAUCACACCUCCAGGCCAGAUGAACCUGAUCUGCAAGAAUCCGCCUUCUUGAAGAAGAUCAUCGCUUACCAGAGAACAUUACUGAACUACUUUGCCAGGAACUUCUACAACAUGAGAAUGCUCGCUCUGUUUGUCGCCUUUGCCAUCAACUUCAUCCUCCUCUUCUACAAGGUUUCAACAUCCUCAGCUGUGGCUGAUGAGAAGGAGAUGGUCUAUACAGACAGCAAGCCAGACACCAGGCUUCAGUGGGACUCCCAGGAUGGGGACUUGAUUGGGGAGAGUAUCGAGCCUCCCAUAACAGUCGCAGUACAUUUUGUUCUGGAAGAGAGUAGUGGAUACAUGGAGCCAAUGCUUCGAAUUUUGGCAAUUGUACACACCAUCAUCUCCUUCUUCUGUAUCAUUGGAUACUACUGUUUAAAGGUACCACUGGCCAUCUUCAAGCGUGAGAAGGAGGUAGCCAGGAAGCUGGAGUUUGAUGGUCUGUAUAUCACAGAGCAGCCGUCUGAGGACGACAUCAAAGGGCAGUGGGACAGAUUAGUGAUCAACACACAAUCUUUUCCAAACAACUAUUGGGAUAAAUUUGUGAAAAGGAAGGUGAUGGAUAAAUACGGUGAGUUUUAUGGCCAUGAUCGGAUUAGUGAGCUGCUAGGGAUGGACAAGGGUGCUCUGGACUUCAGUGAUGCUCAUGAGAAAAGGAAACCAAAGAAAGACAGUUCACUGGCUGCUGUGCUCAACUCCAUCGAUGUCAAGUACCAAAUCUGGAAACUAGGGGUUGUAUUCACAGAUAAUUCCUUCCUUUAUCUGGCCUGGUACAUGACCAUGUCCAUCCUGGGUCAUUAUAACAACUUCUUCUUUGCUGCUCAUCUGCUGGAUAUUGCCAUGGGUUUCAAGACACUCCGUACUAUUCUCUCUUCCGUCACACACAAUGGCAAACAGCUGGUGUUGACAGUAGGCCUACUGGCAGUGGUAGUGUACCUCUACACAGUAGUGGCCUUCAACUUUUUCAGAAAGUUCUACAACAAGAGCGAAGAUGGAGAAUCGCCAGAUAUGAAGUGUGAUGACAUGUUGACAUGUUAUAUGUUCCAUAUGUAUGUGGGAGUGCGUGCAGGCGGAGGGAUCGGAGAUCAAAUUGAGGACCCUGCAGGCGAUGAAUAUGAGAUCUACCGUAUAAUCUUUGACAUCACUUUCUUCUUCUUCGUCAUAGUCAUUCUCUUGGCCAUCAUUCAGGGUUUGAUCAUUGAUGCAUUUGGAGAGUUGAGAGAUCAGCAGGAACAAGUGAAAGAAGACAUGGAGACCAAAUGCUUCAUCUGUGGGAUAGGCAAUGACUACUUUGACACAGUGCCACAUGGCUUUGAAACUCACACCCUGCAAGAGCACAACCUAGCCAACUAUUUAUUUUUUGUGAUGUAUCUCAUCAAUAAGGAUGAAACGGAGCACACAGGCCAGGAGUCAUAUGUGUGGAAGAUGUACCAGGAACGUUGCUGGGAAUUUUUUCCUGCUGGCGACUGUUUCCGGAAACAAUAUGAAGAUCAGCUCAACUGA